CGUAAGAAUUAGAACGCGACGCACAGUCAGGCUGAAGCACUCGAAGAUGUGCUGAGAGGCAUCUGCACUAGGCGUGUAAUUGAAAUCUCGUGUUUCUUGUUUCGGAGUGGGAGUCAAGGUGAACCGGUGCAUUGGGCUGAGGACAGUCGUCCAGACCUAACACGCGGUUCGGCGAUACAAACUGGAGUUAUUAAAUUAUUGAAUUCAGGGGAGAACACUUUGAAUUAGGAAAAAGGAAGCAACGUGGUUAUGAAGAAAGUUUCAUAAUUUGUAAUCUUAACGGAUGGGAUGAGUGAUGUGUACAGAAUGCAUGCAAAGACUUAAUCGGAAACACCUGGAAACAAAAAAUCUUGAAAUAAUUGGACGUAGACGGCAGGAUAGAAUUCAAAUUUAUCUUAGAUAUAAUCUCGCUGGGGUCAGUGGUUAUCUGCGUUAGCGAUCUCAUGUAUGAGGCUGCCUACCAUUACUUCGUGUUGAAUGAAUAGUUCCGUUUUUCGCCACGUAACCCUUCUAAGUCUUUGGGAUAUAAACUGUGUGUGAACGUGUCCACUUUGUUCACGGUGCGACCCAGUGAUUGUCUUCUCAACGGUUCACUGUACAAAAUGAAGGAGGUGGUCAGUGGCUGCAAACUUAUCUUCAACCUCUGCUGGGAGCUGUGAGUGGAGGCAGGGCGGUGACGAAGGCAGCCGACAUGGAGCUGCACACCUCCCAGUACACUACACUUCUGCUGCUUCUGGGUCUCACCACGGUCAUUGCUGUCGCCAGAAAUCUAGAACAACCGCGCUACGAUACAGUGUAUGCCUGCGAGGGCAAGACUUUGAAGAUCGAGUGCAAUGAUGGCGAGCUGAUCCACCUGAUACGUGCCAACUACGGACGCUUUUCGAUCACGAUCUGCAACGAUCACGGCAACACGGACUGGAGUGUCAACUGCAUGUCUCCAAAAUCACUGCGGGUUCUUCACAGCAGAUGUAGCCAGCAGCAGAAUUGCAGCAUUCUUGCGAGCACAAGUUUGUUUGGUGAUCCAUGCCCGGGCACUCUUAAAUAUUUAGAGGCACACUAUCAAUGUAUGCCAGCAUCAUCGACCACAACAACCAGUCGUCCAAGUCCACCGUGGCUGACCACUUCUCAGCCAAGUGUGUGGAGCACAGGCAAGUCAGCCACUCUUCGGCCACCGCCACCACAAAAAUCACCCAGCACCCUAGACGGUCCACCCGUCACUACUACAGCAACAAGUAGUGUUGCCACACAGGCACCUGGAUCAUCUAGCACGAGGGUUCCACUUCCUGUAGUAGCAUCAGAAGGCGCAUCCAGACAGGCUGUCACAGAAACACAACCACCACCUCUGGGGGGCAUGACUACUGUAACUGCAUCUACAGUAACCCUAGCCUGGAAGACAACCCACAGGACAACAGCGUCCAGCACAGCGGUAUUUGAAUACGUGCCGUCACCAAGCGUGACGUGGUUUCAAGAAAAUGAUUUUCUUCAGCUGUGCAGUCCCAUGUUGGCUAGAAAUUUAUAUUGGAACUGGACACGAGCAGGAGAAGUAAAUGUUCAGCCAUGUCCUGGUGGUGCUACAGGUCUGGCAAGGUGGCGCUGUGUGACUCAAUCACCAGGACGUUUGUCUGCUCCCGCAUCAGGUUCUGGGUCCAUGUCCUCUACCUCUCUUCCACCUGUCUGGUUGCCACACUCGCCUGACCUGAGUGAGUGUCGUUCAGUGUGGCUUACCAGUCUCGAGUCUCGCGUCGAAGAGGGAGACUCCAUAAUCAGCAUUGCCAAUGACUUGUCCCAGGUGACCAGUAGCAAGACUCUGUACGGCGGAGACAUGAUGACAACAACGAAGAUCAUCAAGAAGAUGGCACAGAAGAUGUCUGUUGAUAUAGAAACAUUCCCAGAUCCAAGACAAAGAGAGGCUAUUGUGACAGAACUAUUGUAUGGUGUUGUGAAAACAGGGAGUAAUUUACUUGAUGAAUCUCAGCAUCCAUCAUGGAGAGACUUAAGUUACAAAGAACAGAUGAGGGUAGCUACCUCACUUCUGAUGGGUCUGGAGGAAAAUGCGUUCCUCUUGGCCGACACAGUGAUCAGGGAGAAGACUGUCACUCAGGCUGUGAGGAAUAUACUGUUAAGUGUUCGUGUGGUUGAGACCCACAACGUAGCAGUGGAACAGUUCCCUUCAUCUUCCACUUUGGAACAGUGGCCAGUGAGCCAGGAUUGGCUGCAGCUUCCUCGUGGAGCUCUACUUGAGAAUAGUGAAGGUGGAUUUGUUCGCCUUGUGUUUGUGGCAUUCGACCGCCUGGAGGAAAUCCUGCAGCCUCAGGCAGAUCCAUCAACAGUGGUAGUGGUUGGUGAGAAUGGUGAAGUGACUACGGGGGUCCGCCCUUCACGUAACAUGACCCGAGUAUUGAACAGUAAAGUGAUCUCUGCCUCCCUUGGCAAGGGCAGGCACAUCCAACUCUCUGAACCCGUCCGUCUAUCUCUUCGUCAUCUACGCACGGAGAAUGUUAGCAAUCCUGCCUGUGUUUUCUGGGACUAUACUAUGAGUGCGUGGUCAGAUGAAGGUUGCCAUGUAGAAAUGACAAACCAUACUCAUACAACCUGCUUGUGUGACCAUUUAACUAAUUUUGCCGUACUUAUGGACGUCCAUGCAACAUAUCUCCCUCCUUCCCAUCAGAUGGCUCUGCAGAUCAUUACAUACAUUGGCUGCAUCAUUUCCGUUGUAUGCCUUCUGUUAGCCGUUGUCACAUUCCAGUUGUUCAGAAGUUUGAAGUCUGAUCGCACGACAAUCCACAAAAAUCUUUGUGUAUGUCUGCUGGUUGCAGAAGUAUUGUUCCUUGCAGGCAUCAGCCAGACAGAUAAGCCCAUUGUGUGUGGCAUAGUUGCUGGCCUGCUACAUUUCUUUUUCCUGUGUGCAUUUGCUUGGAUGUUUCUAGAAGGCUUCCAGCUUUACGUGAUGCUGAUUGAAGUGUUUGAAGCAGAAAAGUCAAGAAUCCGAUGGUACUACAUCUUCGCCUAUGGUGCACCACUCAUAAUUGUAGCAGUGUCCUGUGUUGUCGAUCCGUUCAGCUACGGCACUCACCGAUACUGUUGGUUGCGAGCAGAUAACUUCUUCAUAUUUAGUUUUGUGGGACCAGUCAUUGCUGUGAUACUUGCCAAUCUAGUCUUCUUGAGCAUGGCAAUUUACAUGAUGUGUCGUCAUGCUAAUGCAUCAGCAUCAAUGAAAAGCAAGGAACAUUCCCGCCUUGCUAGUGCUAGUGGGAAGGAAGAAAAUGCUCUUCAGAACAAAUUACAGUCACACCUGGCUUGGUUGAGGGGAGCCAUUGUACUUGUGUUCCUGCUUGGACUCACCUGGACAUUCGGUCUGCUCUAUCUGAAUGAAGAAUCAGUCAUUAUGGCUUACAUAUUUACUGUGUUGAAUAGCUUGCAGGGACUGUUUAUCUUUGUUUUCCAUUGUGUUCAGAACGAGAAGGUUCGCAAAGAAUAUAGAAAAUUUAUCCGAAGGCAUGCAUGGUUACCUAAAUGCCUGAGAUGUUCAAAACACUCGAACGGCAAAGAGAGGCGUUCGAGUAUGUAUGCGGGCUCCAACGGGAAUCCCUCUGCCCCCAACUCCCACAGUACAGACAGCUCCGCUCUCUCACCUCAUGGGACAAGUGUGGGUACCAGCUGUGCAGCCCCAGGCUUGACCCUGGGUCCUCCCCUCACACACCACCACCGACAGCCACAUGCACCGGCACCAGCUCUGGCCAUCACUAGCUCGUAUUUCCUCCAGCGGGGGUGGAGCUCACGCAGCAGCCACGGAAAAUCCAGCCAGGUCACCGCGCCUGCCCCCGGGCUCAUCCGAGCCAACCAUCGCACUAGCACUAGUAGUCGCACCGCCACCUCCAAUCCCUCCGACCAGGAAGUCGAGGUGUGUGUUGCCACCUUGCCUUAUAUCCGUGGGCGCGGUAUACCUCCCCCUAACCUUCCCAAAUCUGCUACCACCUGGGGACCGCUUCAUAAGCCUUUAAUUUGGAAGAACAUUUCGUUUAAGUCAUACAGCCGAGAUUCAGGUCAUGGAGGUUCUGAGCAGGAGGAUUCCCCACGUUCUCACAAUACAACCACCCUGAACAGUCUAAAUAAUCUGCGGAGCCUGAACAAUAGCAAAGACAUGCGGCGUCAGCCCUACAUGCCUCCAGAUUACCAACAGGGCAUCACCAAUGAUCUCUCAGUCACAGAAAAAGGAGUAGGCCUGAGUGACAGUGAAUGUGUGACUCAUUAUUGUCGGGACCAUGAACAGGAACAUCCCUCAGUGGGCCAGAAUGGGGAGAGUUCAGCACCACAACAGCAUGGAACACGCACAGCCAAAAAGGCAAACAAUUUUCUACGUUCUACCAGCCCUUGGAAUCACACUUAUACUGAGAUACGAGAAGGAAGGCCACAGGGUCAUGGACAUGUUCUUGCACAUGUCCACUCUCAUCCUCACCCAGAUGCUCUGCCCACAGGGCCUCCAGAAGAUGAUCCAGUGUACGAGGAGAUUGAACAGAGUGAGAUUCAGGUAUCUGACAUGAGUGAUGAAGAUGGAAAGAGACAGAGUGAUGUGAGUCGACAGUCAUCACGUAGCUAUGGGGAUAAUCAUCCCCUUAUUCCUUACAGUCCUGUCACUGACCGGAACUUCCAUUCAUACUUGGAUGCAGCAUUCAAGCACCGCCUCAAGGACCAUGCCCGUUAUCACCCAGGUCUGGAUAGGGACCUGGAAGAGGUAGAUUUCAAUUGCCUAUCCCCAGCUGGUUUUCCAGUGCCAACUGACAUUUCCAGGCAUCCUUCCAACCCCAACACUUAUUUAUAUUCUAGUGAGAAUGCCCGCACAGUGGCUGUACUGGAUGGCGAGACAGUGGUGUGUCAUCUCCAGCAGCCAGAUCACCAUGAUCCUUAUAAUUCCAGAACAGUGGUUUUGCCACCAUAUAGUGAAUGUUAAUUUUAUCAGAAUGAGUGGAAGAACAUUCACAAUAGAUUAAAGUGGUAGCCAUGCAGAAUGCAGCAUGUUUCUUGUCCCCAGCUGUUUGUCUUACGAUUAACUGUGAAAUGGCCCGUAUGUCCAUUUAAUGAGCUGCCAGAAUCGUGUAGAUACCCUUGGUUUGCUGCUUGAACCAUAACCUCGUAAUGCCUUAUCUAAAGCACAGUUUAUCAAAAUUCUACGAGUGUUUUGUGUACAUAAUGUAAAUAAGUGCUUUGUACAUGUUGGACUGUGGUUACUUUGCUACUGCAGCAGUUCAUGAUGUGGCCCAAUAAAUGUGUCAUAUAUCUGUGAUGUUGCCAUGAUGUGCAUGGGAUGGACUGGCUGGCUCUCAAAGACUGCUAAACUUGUCAAGUACUGAAUCAUGAACUUGCACAGAAGUUUGCAAAUAAAUUAUUUAAGAGUUGG